AAACAUGAACCAUACAUACCAACUUUAUGUCUGCUCCUCCUAGCCAGAUCAACUCACUAGGGGGGUGUGACUCUGCAAAAGGGGGAUUCGGGGUGUGUGGACCGGCAAUGCAAAACGGGUGCACCACGAAUAGGUCACCACACCGCCCACUUUUCCACUCGACGUGGGCCGCUGCAGGGGGUUUCUGAGCAAGUUGCGGGAGACUUGUCCACCCGAUAUUCGUGAGCCUCCCGGCCGUUCCGGGAGAAUAGCCAAGUAUGACAUGAACUGUUUGGAGUCCUGAGGACAAGUUUCAGAACCUAUGUUCACACAACAUUCUUGGUAGAUACAGUGAUCUAUCCUUUAUCUGACUCCCCCUCGGUGAAGAUGUCCCAUUCUUCCCCGGCUGAUGAAGGGACGACAUUUGAACACCUCUGGAGUACCCUGGAACCGGACAGUAACUAUUUCGAUUUGCCGCAGUCGAGUCAUUCAAACAACUCGGAGGUCUCCAAUCGCACAGAGGUCAACAUGGAUGUGUAUCAGAUGAGGAACAUGAAUGAAUCGAUCAUGUCCCAGUUUAAUCUGCUGAACAACACCAUGGAUCAGAGCAUCAGCAGCAGGGCAGCCUCGACCAGUCCGUACAACCCCGAGCACAACUCGAAUGUCCCCACGCAUUCCCCGUACUCUCAGCCCAGCUCGACCUUUGACGCAAUGUCUCCGGCUCCCGUCAUCCCAUCAAACACAGACUAUCCAGGACCGCACACCUUUGAAGUUACGUUCCAGCAAUCUAGCACCGCUAAAUCGGCCACAUGGACUUAUUCUCCGUUGCUGAAGAAGCUCUACUGCCAGAUUGCCAAAACGUGUCCCAUACAAAUCAAAUUAUCCAGCCCACCUCCACCGGGCACAGUCAUUCGGGCCAUGCCAGUCUAUAAAAAAGCUGAACACGUUACAGAAGUUGUAAAGCGCUGUCCGAAUCAUGAACUGGGGCGGGACUUUAAUGAUGGUCAGGCAGCACCAGCCAGCCACCUAAUCCGCGUGGAAGGAAAUAAUUUGUCACAGUACGUAGAUGACGCAGUUACCGGUAGACAAAGUGUAAUGGUUCCAUACGAGCCUCCGCAGGUCGGCACGGAGUUCACCACUAUACUGUAUAACUUUAUGUGCAACAGCAGCUGUGUGGGAGGGAUGAACAGGAGACCCAUUCUCAUCAUUAUCACUCUAGAGACGAGAGAUGGACAAGUAUUGGGCAGGAGGUCGUUUGAAGGGCGGAUCUGCGCCUGCCCGGGCAGAGACAGGAAAGCCGAUGAAGACCAUUUCCGGGAACAGGCAGCGUUAAAUGAAACGGCGGCAAAAAAUGUGAAUGCCAACAAGCGCAGUGAGUGUACGAUAACAGCCUGUAAACAGAGUCCCCAGGGAGUGCAAACACUUGGUACAAAUAUCAAGAAGAGACGACAUGGAGAAGAGGAGAUCUACUAUGUACCUGUUCGUGGUCGGGAGAACUUUGAAAUCUUAAUGAAAAUAAAGGAAAGUCUGGAGCUGGUCGAGUUAGUGCCGCAGCAGUUAGUAGACUCUUACAGGCAGCAACAGCAACAGCUUCUACAGAGACAUGCACACCUGCAGUCUCAGUCAUCCUACGGCCCUGGACUCUCUCCCAUGAAUAAGGUCCAUGCAGGGAUCAACAAACUGCCAUCCGUCAACCAGCUGGUGGGGCCGCCAAACCAGCACAGCGCAAACGCAGCAGCGGGAAUGAUGCCUAUGGGCUCUGGGAUGCUGAACAAUCACUCCAUGCAAACAAAUGGGGAAAUGAACGGAGCUCACUCCUCGCAGUCCAUGGUGUCCGGUUCCCACUGCACUCCCCCGCCACCCUACAACGCAGACCCUAGUCUCGUCAGUUUUUUGACAGGAUUGGGGUGUUCAAACUGCAUUGAAUAUUUCACAUCGCAAGGUUUACAGAAUAUUUAUCACCUGCAGAACCUAACUAUGGAGGAUCUUGGAGCACUGAAGAUCCCGGAGCACUACAAGGCCAUGAUAUGGAGAGGAAUCCAGGAGCUGAACAAAAGCCAUGACUACGGCGCCCAGCAGCUCAUUCGCUCCAGCAGUAACGCUUCCACCAUUUCCAUUGGCAGCUCCGGUGAGCUCCAGCGCCAGCGUGUUAUGGAGGCAGUACAUUUCCGCGUACGGCACACCAUCACCAUUCCCAACCGUAGCGGAGGCGAUGACUGGGCAGACUUUGGCUUUGAUUUACCCGACUGCAAGUCGCGCAAACAGUCCAUAAAGGAAGAGUUUGCAGAAUCUGAUAUCAACUAAAAUGAGCCUAUAAGUUGAGAACCGGGGAUGAAUCAGACCAAAAAUAGAGAUACCAUUGUCUUGAUUUUGAUAAAGCCAAAACCAAAUGGCAAAACUGUAUGCCACCAGAAGCCAAGACUAGUGGCCUAGGGAUAACUUCUUAGGUUUGGGCACAUCUGGUGGCUUUCACCGUAGGGUAAUUAAUUAGAGGAUCACCUGAGCACACAGAUGAUUAAUUGUUAGUGCUAGAUUUUUUUUUAUUAUUUUGUAGCCCAGUUUUUUGGAGUUGGAAUCACAGCAGCCAAAUGAACUGGACAACAUAACCCCAGUUGGUACCCCGAAAGUGAAUAUAUGUUCUUUUCUGUUAAGGCUACCACCAUUGAGGGGUUCGCUGUGAAUCGCGAAGACCUGUGGUUGCACACAAUUUGGGGAGACACCUCUAUCCCCAGACGUCUGCCAAUGGUUGGUGCAGAACACACUUUAAGAGGAAAAAACCGGAUGGCUCAACUUCCCCCCCGAUGAACUGCCAAAAAAGUAUUUUACCAGUGUCUUUUAAUUGUGUGUGAUGUUGCAGACGUUUCGUAUGGGUUUUUCACUACAUGUUUUGAACAAAACAUGACGUAGAGGUAAAAGUUCUGCACCGAAAAUGGUGUUUGCUAAGUUAAAAUAAUAAUUAUAAGGUUCAGUCAAUUCAGCUGCGUUUUAGGGGCACAAAGAAAAUACAUCUGUAAUUUAUGACUGUGACCUGUUGUCCUCAUGUAUAUAUUUCCCUUAUUCUCCGCCCUGUAAUAUUUUCAUUUAUUUUAUUUAUAUCUGUAAUAUAAAAUGUUCUACAGCUGUAGACUGGUAAUGACGGGAGUCAGGAGAACCGAGUGCUGCUCAGCAUUCUAUGCCGCAAGGCUCCCGAAUGUGCCAAUGGGAUUCAAUAAAAAGGACACACACAUUGUAUACCGUAUUGCUCAUUCGCUACCUGUUGUUUAUCUUCCACCCCGGCAACCUUUAGAUUUGUGCCUGUUUCUCUUGUAUCAAAAUGAUGGACAUUUCCUUUUCCUAUUCUUCAGUAAAGAAACCCUUGUGGUAUUUCUAGACGCUUAUAAAUUGGGAGAAAUGCUGGUAAUUGUACAUUGUGUUUAUGUAGAUGUAAAUAGGAAUACACAAAUGUCAGCAUUGUAUUUUGCUUAGGGAUUUGUUUUAGAGCACCUUCCUUUCCACAUGAACGACCAUAUUCUGAUUAGCAUAUGUACCCUGGGGUGUAGCGAGGGUGGCUCCGGUAGAGCUCGAGCUCCAGGCGCCGGAAAAGUUAGAGGGCGCGCCACGCUACUGUGGUGUAACAUAAGUGGCUCUACUGUGUUAUGUAACAUGUAUCAGGGGCUCUACUGUGGUGUAAUGUGAAUAACGGUCACUACUGUGCAGUGUAAUCUGAAUUGGUACUAUUCUGUGGCCAUGCCCUUUCCCCAUGAAGCCACACCAUAUAAUUUUUUUGUUGCGCGCCUUUGGUGCACGCUGUCCCUAUUUUAUGCAUGGGGGGUACCCAAAGGAAACUGAGCUCCACAAGGUCUAGAAUCAGCCCUGUCAUCAAUUUAGAAUUUUUUAAAUAUUUUUUCUUUUCAAAUUUAACAUGCCCCCAAUUCAGUACAGGGGAAGGGGCACCAAAACAUACCCUUGCUCCAGGCACCAUGGCACCUAGCUACACCUCUGUAUGUACCUGGCAUAUGUUAGAGAGAUGCAUUUUCUAGAAUUGCUGGUUACAUUUUCAGCUGGUAUUCGCACCCUAGUGCCAAUAUCUCUAGUAUGCAAAUAAGAGGGAGCGGACAGAUUCAGCAGCAUUCUAGUGGGUUAAACAAAGUCGAUAUUGUAGCUAAGGAAAGUAUUAACACUCCAACAUCAAGGGUAAAUGGUGUAAUGUUUUAAAAACAUGUUAUAUCCAUGGGUUCCGUUAAAAGAAUUGUUUUAAAAAAAAAAAAAAAACAUUACAAAAUGCCAGGAUUGUUCUGUAAUUCCCUCCAUCGUUAACCUACAAAGCAGUGAUGGGCAACCCAAUCAACUUCAAGGGCUGCAUGUGUGGCCCUCCAGCCUUCAAAAGGGACUCACACUACCCUUAAUGUGAAUGGAAGGAUAAAACGGCCACCCAAACAAAUUUGGUACACCUCACGUCACUCAUCCCAAAAUACCUAUAGCAUGUCCCUGACUUACUGCACUAUUCCACCCUAUGCCUCAAACAUCUCACCCAACACACAAUGCCUGCGCUGCACAUUGCUGCUCCGUAAACCACAUUUACCAUAUGAAACGGAUAAGGAUGAUGAUGAUGAUGGACUGUCAAUGAAAAUGCUAGAACACGAUUUACAUCUUUAGUACAGUGAAUAGGAGAAGGCAGGUGUUAACAUACUUAUUGUGACAUUUAUGAAAACUGUUCUAGAGGGAACUAUCAAGGAAAGAUGGUACUGUCAAUAGAGACCAAUGAGAGAUUUGCUUGCUUUGUACUACAAAAAUGAAUUGUAGUAAUCUGUUUGGUAACACUAUUAGACCAUCAGUUAAUUUUGGCCCAGGUCCUACCAAUUGAAAUAGUCAGUACCACUCAGCUGAAAUGGCUUCAAGUUUAUUAAAGGUUCAUCGCACAUGAAGAUAAGUCACAGUAACGGAUAGGAAAACAUCAACUGAUGUAAGGCAUGUGAAAGAAAUAUUGCAUAAACCUAUUACACGUUUCACAGGUUUGCUGCCCACUUCCUCAGACUUGUGAAUACCAAUAUUUCCUGGAGUCACGUUUGGCCCUUGUCCUGGUGCUGCGAUGAGAUAAAAUGUGCUUUGGUGGCAUACUAAG